CUCCCACGUCAAGCAAAGCUCUUAUGCUAUGGCAGUUGAGUGAGGAAGCAGCGAGAGUGAGUGCAACAGGAGUUUUAUCAACCUCAUCCAACACACUCCAGAGACAGUAUAUUGAUAAAAUAAUUCGCAGAAGACUAGAAAAAUCUCUUAUAUUCUGGCAUAUGUCGACUGCAUUUUUACCAUCCAACCAGCUGGAAAUUUUUAUAUAAAAACAGUAUCUUUGUUCAUUCUAAACUGUUGAAUUUUAAAUCGCCUGGACUUACGGAAAUAACUACAUAUAAAGGUGCCACAACAUGAAGAGUGAAGACAGAACGUCAUUCAUUUGAACAGAACGAUGUGCAAAAAUCAAGAACUGAGACAUAUUUUUUUGAUAGUGACUUGCGGAAUUUUAGCAUUUGGAAAUGCUAAAGCUGGAGUUCCACCCAAGUUACGUGAAGAUGGACCAACAUAUCUCGAAGUGCCAAGAGGUGAAAAGGUGAAGUUGCGUUGUCCAGUUGAUGGUUCACCUAAACCUUAUCUUAUAUGGUACAGAGAUAAUGAAUUAAUAUCUAGCAAUUCGCCACGAAUAAAGACAAGCAGAUACAGCUUAACUAUAAAUGAUGUUGAAGAUGAUGAUACUGAUACAUACGCGUGCAAAGCCUUUAAUGAAUUCGGAAUCUUAUGGAAAAACUUUACGGUGAAAGUUAUUGAUGACAUGUUUCAAGAUGAAGGUAUGGAUUUUGAUACAAGUGUCAAACAUGAUUCCUCUGAAAAAUACUCAAAAUUUUUUGAACAAGACAAAAAAGACAUCAUUUUAAUUGCCAAACCUGCAGGAAGUAUGGUGGUGCUGAAAUGUCCUUACGAAGGUAUUACUUCUGCAAACGUGACAUGGUUAAAAAAUUCUCAAACACCUACAAGAACUUUAGAUAAAGAGAUUAUAUUCCGUAAAUGGUCAAUAGUUAUGCUUAAUUUAAUGACAACGGAUAGCGGAAAUUAUACUUGUAUUUUAACGCGUGGGGAAGAAACUAUUAAUUCUACUUAUAUUCUCGAAGUUCAAGAACGAGUGCCUCAUAAACCUAUAAUAAGAGAUGGUUAUCCGUCCAAUCAAACUGUAUACGUAGGAGAUCAAGCACGAUUUGAAUGUCGUUUCAUCAGCGAUCUUCAACCUCAUGUUAGAUGGUUAAAACAUUACACGAUCAACGGAUCUUACAAUUAUAACGACAGUUUUCCUUACGUAACGCCUAUUUAUAAUACCGAUCCUAAUAUCACAGAUCCCCAUAUAUUAGUUAUCAAUAAUGUCACCUUUGACGAUGAAGAAUGGUAUACAUGUCUCGCAGGCAAUUCUUUAGGAUAUACAUAUCGAACAGUUUAUCUUAACGUCAUACCACAUCCUACGGAAGUUAACAGUACCGAUAAAGUAGCGGCUAUGCCAAUAAAUCAUGGAUUUCGUGGUUUGCAAACUUGGACCAUCGUAAUCAUCUGUAUGGUCGCUAUUGGAGUGGUAAGCACGGGUGUUGCAGUGUUGGCUUAUCGUGCAGCAGCAUCUCAACAACAAAAGUUAUCUUUAGCUAAUGCACCAAAUCACAUUAUUAUUAAGAAAAAAGUUGUUUUGGAAAGACAGGAUUCUGAUACAUCUCAAACUUCAGUAGCCCCUUUAGUGAAGAUAGAUUGCCCAAGAGGUCGUCUCUCUUCAGAAUUAACGACUGUAUCAGAAUACGAAUUGCCAUUGGACCCAGAGUGGGAAGUUCCUCGAGAAAGGUUGGUGUUGGGAAAACCUUUGGGUGAAGGGGCAUUUGGUCAGGUGAUGAAGGGGGAAGUUUAUUCAUUAUACGGAAAGGAAAAACCUACUAUUGUAGCAGUGAAGAUGUUAAAGGAUGGUCAUACGGAUCGAGAAAUGGCAGAUUUGGUUUCAGAAAUGGAAGUGAUGAAAUUGAUUGGGAAACAUAUAAAUAUUAUUAAUCUUUUAGGAUGUUGUACACAAAAUGGUCCUUUGUACGUAAUUGUAGAAUAUGCUCCAAAUGGAAAUCUUCGCGAUUUCUUAAGAUCACACCGUCCUAGUUCUGGAUACGAACGCGCAAUCGGUACAAACUUCAAACCAAAGACUUUAAAUCAGAUGGAUCUAGUCUCUUUUGCUUAUCAAAUCGCUAGAGGAAUGGAUUAUCUCGCAUCCAAAAAGUGUAUACACAGAGAUUUGGCAGCUCGUAAUGUCUUAGUGACUGAAGACCACAUCAUGAAAAUUGCAGAUUUUGGUUUGGCUCGAGAUAUACAUAACAUUGAUUACUACAAGAAAACUACUGAUGGAAGGUUACCGGUCAAAUGGAUGGCACCAGAAGCACUCUUUGAUCGCGUUUAUACUCCUCAAAGUGACGUCUGGUCCUAUGGUAUACUCUUAUGGGAAAUUAUGACUUUAGGAGGCACACCUUAUCCAUCCAUUCCUAUCGAGAAACUAUUUCAGUUGUUAAAAGAUGGUCACAGAAUGGAAAAACCCAUUCAUUGUUCUUUAGAAAUCUAUAUGAUAAUGAGGGAAUGUUGGCAAGCCUCACCUAAUCACAGACCUACUUUUAGCGAGCUGGUAGAGGACCUCGACAGGAUAUUAACUCUUACGUGUGAUCAGGAAUACUUGGACCUGAAUAUCCCAGUUCUAGACACUCCUCCAUCGAGCGGUACAUCAUCAGAAGACGACAUAUCAGAUACGGAUUCUAACGACAGCAUGCAAUACUCCAUAUGAUACGUACCAUAAAAGGCACGAUGAACUAGUCAGUUCGGAUAUUACUAGUAUUUAUGUGUAUACUAUAUUUAUAUUAACCUUUCUUUUAUUAUAAUUACAAUGAUCUAUGUGGCUUAGCUGUUUCGUUAACAGCGCAAUUAUUAGUUGAAGUCACAAUAGAACAGCAAGUUCCAGAAGAAAGUACAAAAAAUAAUAUCAACUUUUGUAGUUGUUGCUUGUGUUGUUUGAGCAUUUUUCUACUUUACAAAGUGAUUUUUAUGUGGUACAAGACAAUGCUGGGGGUUAAGAAAAUGACUACAAAACUUAUCUUCCCUAUUCAGCAGCCCAGCCAGACGUCCCCUUUGAUGGUGAAAUGUUAGAUAUUUUUUGUAUGUAAAUAAAGUUUAUCAAGUGAUAGAAAUGAACUUUUAACGUUGAAGAAUGGAAAGAUCAAAUCAACAAAUUUUUUGAAUUUUUAUUUAUUUAAUAAACUGACUAGCUCAGGUGUAAUCUAACAUUUGUGCAAUUGUAAUUCUGACCAGCAGAAGCUAUCAAAUGUUUUUAUAUAUAAAUAUAGACUAUAUAUAAAUUUUAGAGUAAGGAAGUCAUUUGUAAAUAGAACAUAUUCAUGUGCAAGUGCCAUAUUUAUUCGUCAUCAUAGUGAUUUAUCUUCUAUCCAUCCAUCAAGCAAGCAUACAAACGCAAAAUUUCUUUGCAUUACUAUGCAAAUAUUUUAAAAUUGUAGCAAUACUAAUGCUAUUUUUAUCAAUUUUUACGGCCAAUUUUUUGUAUUUAUUCAAAUUAAGAAAAAAAUAAAGCAGCACUCUCGUUUAUUUUCUAUUAACUGUUUUUUCUU